UGUGGAGGCGACAGGCGAGGAGGCUUCAGUGUGUCGGUGAACGGGCUGGUGUGCGGUCGUGUUGGCGGUGGUCGUCCUGCAGACAGUGAUGAGUUUGCAGUCUUCUUCUGCGUCUCCUUCUUCCACUUCCAUUGCCCGAUCGUGAUCAUCGACGGAAUCGGACUGUGGAGUGGGUGGCUGCCUGGAGUUGCCAUGGUGGUGGUGUGCCUUGGGAAGAUGGCAGGUUCGGCGGGACACCAGAGUGACUUGGUGGAGUUGAGUGGCGUGGCGUUCGACAGCCGCUCUGGCUUCGUCGGGCAACUCGUUAAAGUGGACUGGACUGGACUGGUGGAAGAAGAAGAAGAAGGAGAUGGGGAAAGCGGGAGGGAGGGAGGAAGGGAGAAAGAAUGUGGGAGAGAAGACGAGGAGGAGGAGGAGGAGGAUGAGAUCUCCGCGACGAGGGUAAGUAGACGAUUGUGA